UUAUUUUGACAGAGCACGGGAAAACAGUAGGGUCGUAUCGUUGCUAAGUUUGAUAAAUCAGCGGUAAACCAGGGUGAGUGUCUGUGAAUUUUGAAUCACAGCGUACAGGAAAGUUUGUGGAGUUUUUAAACGGCUUUAUGACCGCGAACAAUGGCUGUGUUGGCAAGCUAACCAAAUGUCGGAACCGAACCCAAUGGAAAUGAUCGAGUAAUAUAAGGAGUGUGUGAACUCUGAUGUGAUGGCGGAGCUCCCAUCUGGGCUCCUGGAGGCCUGUGUAGUGGUCGGAGCUCCCAGCGAUAAGCUUCGAGAGUUACCGCAACACACAAAGUCAAGUGAGCUCCCCCUGCUGGAUCCUGAGGUACUGCAGGUCCAUGCUCCGCCGUUUGUUUCCAUAGAGGCCAACUCGAACCACGUCAUUGGUCCAGCUUUCAGCCGUGUGCAGAGGAGGAGAAGUUUCAUUAAAAAGAAGAGGCGAGAUCGUGCUGCGGAGGGCGUGUCUAAUGGAGAUUCAAGCAGUCGUCACGAAGCAUCGCCGGUACCGGCAACGGAGGACAUCAGUGUUCCGAAGGAUCUGGACCUCAUCGCUUUGCCUCAGCUCUGUUUCCCUGAUGGUCUUCAGCUAGCCAGUGAGCAGAAAGAUGACGCCUAUCACUUCUUGGUUUUUACCGACCUGUUUGGCAAUCGAACCCAUGGAGUUGUUGUCCAUUACUACAGAGCUGUGCAGUCCUUUCAGGACAGUGUUUUCCAAAAUGGCCACAGAUGGAACGCACCCAAGUCUCGUCUGUUUGCUCCUUUUGCUGUGUGCAUCAUUUCAAAGUUUCCCUACUACAACGCCCUGAAAGACUGCUUGUCAUGUCUGCUGGUCCAGUUGCGGACUGUGAGACAAGCGGAUCUUGAAGAAACGAUCAGGGAGUUUUCAGCCAAGCUGUCCCUCGUUCCCCUACCACCUCCUGGACAGCUGCAUGUGUCUUUUAGUCUCCGUCCCCUUCAAGUGGUUCUCCCGUCCAGAGACGAUCAGGACAGUCCCGUUGUUGACCUCAACCUUCACCUUCCUCUUCUCUGUUUCACUCACACGGCUCUGCUCCAGGUGCUUUCCUGCCUUCUGCAAGAGCAGAGGAUCGUCUUUUUCUCCUCAGACUGGGCCAGACUGACUCUGGUGGCAGAGAGUUUGUUGCUGUACCUGCAGCCACUGUCCUGGCAGCAGCCCUACGUUCCUGUCUUGGCCCGAGGAAUGCUGGACUUUCUUAUGGCGCCGACCGCUUUCCUGAUGGGCUGUCACAUUAAUCACUUUGAAGAGAUUGCUGCUGAGACAGAGGACCUGAUCCUUGUGAAUGUGGAUGAUGGUUUUAUUCAGACAUCAUGGUCUGAAGCUGUCGACCUUCCUGCCUUACCUCUGGCUGCAGCAGAGUGCUUUAUUUCAAGGGCAGAGAGCUUACAGCUUCAGUACGAUUUGGAGCUGUGCCACCUUGGGACGGGUACAGACGUUAACACCCUUCGCUCCCAGCGUAGAGGCUGGCAGCAGAAACUCAACUCCCAGAUCCAAAACAUCGCCCUGGAACUGGUGGUCAACAUCUUCAGAGGAGUCCAGGACUUUUUAAACCAUGAACACAGAGUUUUUAAUAGUGAGGAGUUUCUUAGAACGAGGGAGCCAGACGACCAGCUGUUUUACAGAAAGGUUUUAGAGACGCACAUCUUUCACUCAUUCCUGCGGGACAGGCUGAACCGGAAAAGAGAUUCCUUCAGCCGCAUGGAGCAGAUGACACAAAGCCACGCGCACCGGAAUCGUGCAAUGACAGAAUCCCCACGCCGCCCUCCGAUGUCGGAGCUGUCCAGAGCUGGCCCUGACCGCAAACUGAGCAAGCGGCUGGGAGCCAGUCUGCCGAAUCUCGACCAACCCAUUAACGAAUCGGUCCCGCUGAACGCAAACAGACUACUCUCCAUUCGGAAGAUCAGUCCCGAUAGCGGGUUGAAGUUUCUUCAGAAACCUCUGAAGGUGUUCCGCCUCCCAGAGUUCCCGCCGCCAUUAGCCUAUCAUUAUGUUCAGAACUAUUACUCUGACAUGGUUGCCUCACUGGGGAAGGCUAUUAAUGCGACACCACCUGAUGAAUCUGCACUGCUGGCCAGAUACCAUUACCUCCGGGGUUUGGUGAACACUGUGUCCAACAGGCGUCUGGACGCAUUGGAGGAUUUUCAUAGUCUUUAUAAGACUGACGCAGGAAUCUUCCCUUCUCAGAUGGUUAACUCUUUAAUAGACUCCCUGCCAGAUGUUGAGCGCGUACAGGCGGACAGAAGGCCGGAGAUCAAACGCCUCAUCAGUCGGCUGAAGAGGGAACAGGAGCGGGAGCGCGCGACCCAGGGCACGGGACAGGAAGACGCAGCAGUAAAGCGUUUCCAGCUGCCGAAAAAAUACAUGCACUUGGAGGAGUUUGUGAAAUGUGUCCAGGAGUCUGGCAUCGUAAAAGACCAAGGAACCAUUCACAGACUGUUUGAUGCUCUCACCGUAGGUCACCAGAAGCAGGUUGGUCCAGACUUAUUCAGAGUGUUUUACACCAUCUGGAAGGAGACUGAGGCCGAGGCUCAAGAGGUGUGUCUGCCGGCAUCCGUGCUGGAGCACAUUGAUGCUGCCGAAUGUGUCUUCAAGCUGUCGUCCUCCGUCAAAACGAGUCGUGGUGUGGGGAAGAUCGCCAUGACUCAGCGUCGGCUUUUCUUGCUGACCGACGGACGACCGGGAUACGUGGAGGUGGCACAAUAUCGAGACUUGGAGGAAGUGAGGGUGUCCUCUGCUCCCUUCCUGGUUCUACGCAUCCCCAGCCUGAAGAUCCGUGUUCAUGGAAGGAAGGAGACAUUCGAGGCGAACCUGAAAACGGAAACUGAGCUGUGGAAUCUGAUGAUCAAGGAGAUGUGGGCAGGACGAUCAAUAGCUGACCGACACAAGGAUCCACAAUACAUGCAGCAGGCUCUGACCAACGCCUUGUUAAUGGACGCUGUAGUAGGCAGCCUUCAGAGCAGCAAAGCUAUCUAUGCUGCUUCUAAGCUCGCUUACUUUGACCGCAUGAGUCUAGAAGCUCAGAUGAUGGUUCCCAGCACAACUUCAGAGACGCUGAAGCAUAAAAUAAACCCGUCAGUGGAAUUUGCCGUACCCCAGGCUGUAGAUGUGUUGCUGUACACUCCAGGUCAGUUAUGGGUGUCUGUGGGCGGAGGGAAGGUGAUGGUCUAUGAUGCAUCCAGCUGGUCCCUCAUACAAACCUGCCAAGUCGGAAAUGCAAGACUGAACUGCAUGCUGGGAGUUGACAGAGAUCAGGUCUGGAUGGGCUCUGAGGACUGCGUCAUCUACAUCAUCAGCCUGGUGUCCAUGGUCUGUAACAGGCAGCUGACUGAGCACAGGGCAGAGGUCACAGGACUCGCACUGGACAACGAAAAAUACUGCCACAAGGUGGCGUACUCCUGCAGUGCGGAGGGAACCGUCAUGGCGUGGGAAGUCUCCACUCUACAGGUGAAGAGACAUUUUCGUCUCUCCUGCGAUCGCCUGCAGUCGGUCUACAGCUGUGGUGGAGUUCUCUGGUGUUGCGCUAGGGACGGCAUAAUGGAGGUCUGGAGGAACGGUACAUUAAAACAACAUAUAAAUCUGCCCGAACAACAGAGAGUCACGUUUAGCUCUGCUCUGCUGAUAACUGAGAGCGAGGAGCUUUGGAGUGUGUGUGUCGACUCUGCAGAGGUGUAUAUCUGGCACAUUAAAAACACCAGCAGACCUAUCAACCGCGUGAUGCUGCAGGACUGCAUUGGAUGCUACUGCAUGAUUCAAGUCAAAAACCAGGUAUGGGUCGGGGGCAUGGGCCGUAGCUCCACCAAGGGGAAGAUUUACAUCCUGGACACGGAGCGCUACGAGGUUCUGAAGGAGCUCCACGGCCAUAUCGACAAGGUGACGGCGCUCUGCUCGGCUGAGGACCGCUACGUCCUCAGCGGAGCCGCCAAGCACGACGGGAAAGUCGCCAUCUGGAAGGUGGAGGAUCGAGGACUGGACUCCAGCAAAUGUUAGCUCUGUUAAAACUAAUGUGGAACUUCUCGUGAACAGUGAAGGUUAAAAAAAAAUACAGAAAAAUGAAGGGAAGCCCAAUAAAGACUGAUAAAUGAAUGAAGGAAUUACAUGUGAAGCAUCCAGUUUAUAUGAAUUCGGCAACUUUAAGCCUUUUUCUAAAACUUAUGUUAGCAAUACUAACACAACUGACACCUUUGUAAGUUUUUAGCAAAGACGAACGACUGAAACACAAAGUGUGCUGAUGGGUUUUUACUCCAAAGUGUCUCACUUUAGAUUCUACAUACGUGUUUGUUAUGCAAGGCCAUGUGCAAUCCGAGGACGUUAUGUGCGUUUAGCUUCACCUCAUGCUGUGUGUGUGACGUGGAAAUCUGCAGCUCCAAGGAGUCAAAAUACCAUGAAAAUACAGAAGAGGUUGGAGAUGUCAGCAGCACUGUGGGAAAGCCCCUACAGCGGUGCUUCAAUACGAGGAUGCAUGGUGAUGGGAACUGGAGUCGACGAAUACGUCGGAGCAUCUUGAGAACUUGUGCGCACGCCUACCGCUUAGAAAAGUAUUCAGCCGUGUCACAUUCUGCCACGUUACAGCCACAAGCAUUGAUGGGUUUUAUUGGGAUUUUGUUUUUAUGGAUUACCGUAAUUGUCCUGCUCGAAUGAAAACCUUUUUUAUACAUGUAACAGAUUUCCAUGCAGAGGAAAAAAGUUAUUUCACUUCACAAUUGUCUACUGCUUUGUAUUUGUCCAAUAAAACAAAAUGAAGUACAUUGUUUGUGGUUGCAAUGUGGCAAAAAUAUUAAUAAGUAAAACACACAGCUUUCUUUCCUCUUAUUUUUUAAAUGUAUUUAUAUUUCUGCAAUGCAUUGUAUACCGUGUGAUGUAGUUGGUUUGUAGUUAAAGGGACCAGAAAAUGUUGAAUUUUUCACAUGUUUAACAUUCAGAUGUUUAUAACAUGCCUGUAAAAUGCUUCAAUUGUUGGAGAUUAUUUUUUUUUCUCAUAUUGGCUGUUUAAUCUCCCCAGAUUCAUAUAUUUCAUUAUUAUUUUUUAUUUAUCUGCUGUAUCUAAAUGCGUUCUAUUUAUAUGCAUUUUUUUUUAUUUCAUUUACUUCGCAAAGACAUAAUUGGGUAAGUUGUGUCCAAAACUAUUCAAGUUUUUAACCAAUAGUAAAAAUACUUUUUAAAACAAAA